AUGGAGUUCGUUACCAAGGUGGGGGAAGCACUUCUCUCUGCUUCUGUGCAGAUCUUACUCGACCGGAUCUCCUCAAGGGAGUUUCGAGAUUUCAUGAAAAAUAGAAAGCUCAAUGUCUCUCUCUUGGAUGAGCUGAAGAUUACUCUGUUGAUGCUUGGUGCUGUCCUUAAUGAUGCAGAGGAGAAACAGAUCACCUGCCCUCCAGUUAAGGAAUGGCUUGAAGAGUUGAAAGACGCUAUCUACGAUGCAGAGGAUUUGCUAGAUGAGAUCAACACUGAGUCUCUGAGAUGCAAGGUGGAGCAAGAUUCACAACAUGUGGCUGACAAGGUGCGAUCCUUCUUUUCUUCUUCUUUUAGUGAAUUUUACUGGGGGCUAAACUCCAAGCUAGAAGCAACAUCUCGAAGGCUUGAACACUUUGCCAAACAGAAGGAUAUCCUUGGUUUGCAAAGUGUUAGCUUCAGAGCGCAUAAAACACCCACAACAUCAGUGGUAAAUGAAUCUGUUGUAGUUGGCAGAGAGGAUGAGAAGGAGAAACUAUUGAAAAUGCUUCUGUGUGAUGAAGAUCCAACGGGUAAUGCUAUAGGAGUGAUCACUAUAUGGGGUAUGGGUGGCCUAGGUAAAACUACCCUUGCUCAACUACUUUAUAAUGACAACAAGGUGCAAGAGCAUUUUGAUUUGAAGGCUUGGGCUUAUGUUUCAGAUGAUUUUAGUGUUCUUAAGGUGACCAAGAACCUUGUUGAGUCGAUCACUUCAAAAGUCUGCGAUGGUAAAAAUCUAGACUUUCUUCGUGUUGAGUUGAAAAAUAGCGUGAAGAAUAAAAAGUUUUUGAUUGUGUUAGAUGACCUUUGGAAUGAAAAAUACAGUGAUUGGGAUGAUCUCAUAACUCCUUUUCAUAGUGGGAAACGGGGAAGCAGAAUCAUUGUAACAACUCGCCAACCAAGGGUUGCUGAAAUCACACAUACAUUUCCCAUACUUAAAUUGAACCAUCUUUUAGAUGAUAAUUGUUGGUCUUUACUCUCUAAACAUGCAUUUGCAAAUGUAGAUCCAAACAAAUAUCCAGAGCUAGAAGCAAUUGGAAGGCAAAUUGUGAGAAAAUGUGGUGGCCUACCGAUUGCUGCCAAAACAAUAGGAGGUCUUUUGCGUUCAAAAGUGGAUACAAGGGAAUGGAAUAAAAUUCUCAAUAGCAAUCAGUGGAACAUACCAGAUGAUGAUGUUAUGCCUGCUUUGCGUUUGAGUUAUCUAUAUCUUCCAUCACAUUUGAAGAAAUGUUUUGCUUAUUGCUCAAUUUUCCCAAAGGAUCUUGUGCUAGAGAAAAAGAAAUUGGUCUUGUUAUGGAUGGCUGAAGGCAUUGUGCAACAACAAUCUCAUGGGGAGAAGACAUUUGAGAUUGAAGCAGAAAACUAUUUCAAUGAAUUGCUAUCUAGGUCAUUCUUCCAACAGUAUGGUGGUAACCCAAAAAAGUUUGUCAUGCAUGAUCUCAUAAAUGAUUUGGCAAAAUUUGUAUCCGGCAAGAGCUAUGCUCAAUUUGAGGAAAAUGAAGUCUCAAAAUCUAUACGACAUUUAUCAUUUUCCUUGAAAAAAUAUAGUCGCUCUAAAGAAUGUGAGAGCUUUUGCCGUACAAAUAGUUUGAGAACUCUUUUGUCGCAAAAUGAAUUCAAAGAUUGGUCAGCAACAUGUGUUUUGACUAGAAAAGUGCUCCAUGAUUUGUUGACAAAACUAAAAUGUCUAAGAGUAUUGUCCUUGCCAAGAUAUGAAAACAUUGUUGAGGUACCAAUUUCAAUUGGUAAUUUGCAGCUUUUGCGGUAUCUCAACUUUUCCUACACUUCAAUUAGAAGGUUGCCUGAUGUAGCCUUUACUCUUUACAAUUUGCAAACAUUGCUUUUAUCAAAUUGUGUGUUUUAUUGAAUUAUCAGAAAAGAUAGAAAAGCUGAUUAAUUUACGUCAUUUGGACGUUAGCAAAACUGCUUUGAAGGAGAUGCCCACACAAGUUACAAAACUACAAAAUCUUCAAAGUUUGAGUACCUUUAUUGUGGGCAAACAGCCGAAUGGAUUGCAAAUUAAAGAGUUGAAAGGGCUCCCUUGUCUACAAGGUAAACUUUCCAUUUUGAAUCUACAAAAUAUUGUUGAUUCUAGGGAUGCUCUAGAGGCAAACUUGAAGAAUAGAGAAAAAAUUGAGGAGUUAGUGUUAGAAUGGAAUUGUGAUGU